CUAAUUCGGCUGAAGAUGAGGAGAUCGUUGGCGAUUACAUCGGCGGCGAAGAGAUUUGUUCACCGGAGCUUUCUUGAGAAAGGUAAACCUGAAAAUGCCUCUCCGUCGUUCUUUUUUCGCUGGCAUCGAGCUUUUUCUAGCGUCAGUAAUGGUUACAGAGAGAAAUUGAGAAAUGGGCUUCGUGAAAUUAAGUUAGAUGAAGCUAUGAGUCUCUUCAGUGAGAUGAUACAGUCUCGUCCACGUCCUUCAAUUGUUGAUUUCACUAAAUUGUUGAAUGCUAUAGCUAAGAUGAAGAAGUAUGAUGUUGUGAUAUCUCUCUUCCAACAGAUGGAAAAGUUGGGGAUUUCACAUGAUCUCUAUAGUUUUAGUGUUUUGAUGAACUGUUUUUGCCAAAGUUCUCAACUAUCUCUUGGUUUAGCUGUACUUGGGAAGAUGAUGAAACGUGGUUAUGAGCCUUGCAUUGUCACGCUUAACCCACUUGUUAAUGGUUUAUGCCGUGGGAAUAGGGUUUCGGAUGCAGUUGCUUUGGUUGAUCAAAUGGUUGAAAUGGGAUAUGAAGUUGAUGCAUGGGCUUUUAACACUCUAAUCCAUGGACUUUUUCGCGAUAACAAAGUGUCGGAAGCUGUGGGUUUAGUUGAGAGAAUGGUUGCAAAGGGAUGUCAACCAAAUGUGGUUACGUAUAGUGUGGUUGUUAAUGGAGUAUGCAAGAGAGGUGAUAUUGAUUUGGCUUUAAAUCUGGUUAAGAAGAUGGAAGUUGCGAAGAUAGAAGCGAAUGUUGUUAUCUACAACACAGUCAUUGAUGGUCUUUGCAAAUACAGACAAGUGGAUGAUGCUGUUGAGCUAUUCAAUAAAAUGGAGAACAAAGGAGUCAAACCUGAUGUUAUUACCUAUAACUCCCUCAUAAGUUGCCUUUGUAAUUACGGAAGAUGGAAUUAUGCCUCUCGACUCCUAAGUGAUAUGAUCGAGAAGAAGAUCAACCCUGAUGUUGUCACUUUCAAUGCAUUGAUCGAUGCAUUUUCGAAAGAGGGGAAGCUUUUAGAGGCUGAAAAAUUGUACGAGGAGAUGAUUCAAAGGUCAAUAGAUCCUAAUAAUGUCACAUACAAUUCGUUAAUCAAUGGGUUUUGUAUACACGAUCGUCUAGAUAAGGCCAAUCAAAUGUUUGAGUUCAUGGUUAGUAAGGACUGUCUCCCAGAUGUAGUGACUUAUAAUACGCUUAUAAAGGGAUUUUGCAAGGGUAAUAGGGUAGAGGAUGGUAUGGAACUCUUCUCUGAGAUGUCUGAAAGAGGAUUGAAUGGUGACACUCUAACUUAUAACACUCUUAUGCAAGGGUUUUUUCAAGCUAGAGAUUGUGAUAAUGCCCAAAAAGUAUACCAAAAAAUGGAAUCUGAUGGUGUGCCUCCCAAUAGUAUGACGUACAACCUUUUGUUAGAUGGACUAUGUAAGAACGGGAAGCUCGAGAAAGCAUUGGUGGUAUUCCUGGACCUGCAAAAGAGUAAAACAAAACUUGAUAUUUUGUCAUAUACUAUUAUGAUUGAUGGUAUGUGCAAAGCGGGGAAGGUGGAAGAUGGGUGGAAUUUGUUUUGUAACCUGAGCUUUGUGAAGCCUGAUGUUAAAACCUACACUACUAUGAUCUCAGGAUUUUGUGGAAAAGGCUUAAUGCAAGAAGCAAAUGCCUUGUUCAAAAAAAUGAAAGAAGACGGGAUUCUCCCAAAUGAUUGUACGUAUAAUAUGCUGAUCAGGGCACAACUUAGAGGUGGUGACAAAGCUACAUCAGCAGAACUCAUCAAAGAAAUGAGGAGUCACAGAUUUGUUGGAGAUGCUUCAACAUUUAAAUUGGUCACUGAUAUGUUGUAUGAUGGGAGAUUGGACAAAAGCUUUCUAGACAUGCUUUCUUAACCCAUCCUUGAGGAUGUGGAGGAGCUCAUGAAAUUGGACUGUACAUGAUAUACCAUUCUCAUUCUCCUAAAGAUAAUGUGGAAAGCUCAAACCAAAGCCCAGCAAAGUGAUGUUCAUAUGGCGAAAUAACAUUAUACUUCCAGCAAAAUUUGUGAUCUUUGUGGUCUAUAUGGUUUUGAGAGAGAUUACACUUGGACUGCACUUCCAACACAAUUUCAGGAUUCUCAAGUAUUUUGGUCAAAGUUUAUGACUCCAAAACAUCCACUUAUACAUAUGUCAGACAUCUAGUUCGCAGGUAUGUAAUUUGUGCCAUUGGGGACACAUUUCUCUGUAAGAUGGAACGAGGAAAGAUGACACUUUUUGAGCUUAUAGUAUUAUCAUAUGCGAUCUGAUAUCCAGUUCUCAUGUAUGUAAUUUGAAGAUGGUAGAUCGCAUAAGGUAAUAAUAUAAGCUUAGAAAGUCUCAUCUUUCCUGGUUCCAUCUUACACAGAAAUGUGUUCCCAAUGGCGCGAAUUACAUACUUGAGAACUGGAUGUCUGACAUCUGUCUGAGUAAAUGUCUUGGAGUCAUAAACCUUGUUGACAAAGUAAGACCCGAAUGCUUGAGAACCCUGAAACUGUGCUGGAAGUGCAGUUCUAGUGUAAUCUCUCUCAAAGCCAUAAAUACCACAAAGGUCACGUAGAGACAACCCAUAUCUGAUUCCUCGAAUAACGAAGGUGAGAGUACUUUUCUGUGCGUUCUUGACAACCUCGUUUGUGUAGCGAAUACGCGAUGUAGCAAGGAACUGGUGAACCAAAUUGGGAUAGAGCAUAAUAUUUGGUGCAAAUAGCUCCAAAACCAAUUUUUUGCAGAAGUCGAAGAAGCUCGCAGAAUGUGGAAUGUGUAAUUUUCUUGUCUUAUUGUUAGACUAGUGUGAAAUGUGUAAUUUGAGCUAAGCCUUGGAAAUCUUAAUGCCAUAAUGCCUUUCAAAUCCUCCUAGCCAUUAUUGCCUGAGUAGCGGUUUGGUUUGCUCACCCAAUUGGGUUUAUAUUGUUUUCUUUUCACCGUUUGCUAAAGCAACACCUUAGAGGACUUGCAAUGAAUGUUCACGGUUAUGGUUGGUGAAGAUAACAUGAGGGCUUUUGGUUGUACCAACAAUCCAAAGGGCAAGCAAAAGAGCAUGUGUCAAUGUCUCGAGGAGUAGUGCUGUGAUGCGUUAACGUAUACACUUCUUUUGUGUUGUGUCUUGUUGUAUCAAAAUUUUGUUCCAUUUUCAAUUGUUUAGAGUCUAGAACCAAUGCUAUAAAAUAAAUUAUUUGUGAUAA